GUGUAGCACGCCCUGACAGCCUGAAUGGCUUACUGCGAAUUCUUGUCCAUGCAACCUUGUGGUUGCCCCCGCUUCUUGGAGGUUGGUUCAACAGGAGCCAAGACAUCAUUUUCAGGGGGCUCGACAUCAGAAAUGCGUACUUAAAUUUGUCUCGGCUUUUCCAUUCUUCUGGUCGCUCGUUUCUUCAUCUUACUUCCUCUGCUGCUAAAGACCAUGGGGAAAUCAUCACGGUUUGCUUCUGGCCUCCGGCUGUUGGCUGGAGCCUCUGCCUCGAUCCAAUCGGGCAUUGCCAUGCCUGAAGGCGCUGGCUUGAACUGCUGCGGUGCUCUAUCUCAACUGCCCGAGCUCAGAGAACGCAUCGUCUAUCCCAACACGACUCUCUACCAGGAGCGCCUUCAGUCAUUUUAUUCCGCUAACGCAGCAUUGCCGCCUCACUGCAUUCUGUUGCCAGAAACAACAAAAGAUGUCUCACAACUUAUGGAUGUGAUAUCCAAAAACCACUGCUCUUUUGGCAUUCGAAGCGGCGGCCACUCCGCGUUCCGAGGCGCGAACUCUGUAGAUAAUGGAGUCACGAUUGACUUUGGCUACAUGAACCAGACUCAUUAUGAUGUUGGCACGACCAUCGCCUCCGUCCAACCAGGUGCUAGAUGGGGUGCUGUUUACGAGGCCCUCGACCCUUACGGCGUGACAGUUGCAGGAGGAAGGGCUGACGUUGUAGGAGUCGGGGGUUUUAUCACUGGGGGUGGCUACUCCUUCCACGCCGGCACAAUGGGCUGGGCAUGCGAUGCUGUUCAUAAUUUUGAGCUGGUGCUUGCCAAUGGUUCCGUGAUCAACGCGAACGGCAACGAACAUGUGGACCUUUUCCAGGCUAUAAAAGGAAGCUCGGGAAACCUCGGUCUUGUCACGAGGGUAGACUUGUACACACUCAAUUCGACCCAGAUCUGGGGCGGCUUUCUCACCUACGACUGGGCGGACCGCGCUGCCGUCUUUGAUGCGUACCUUCAAUUUUCAGAGGACUUUGACAAUGACCCGACAAGUGAGGCUCUUGUGUCCCUUGGGUACGCGUCAGGUAGUCUCACUCUACAGGCGCUCUUAAGCAAUACCCAAGCUCAAGUCGCUCCGCCAGCUUUCGACAAAUUUACCACCAUCAGAAAUCUGUCCGACACUUCGGUUGUCACCUCCGUCGCCGAAUUGGUGCCUGCAUUCACGGGAGCGACCCCACUUGGGGUGUAUCCGAAUUGGUUCAGUGGCUCUGUGGCCAAUUCUGCCGUUGCUGAAUUCUUGGAGUUUUACUACCAAGCUUUGAAAGAAUUUACCGGCAGAAUGGAAGCAGCCAUACUCCACAACUCGUCGCUGAGUAUCAUCGCCUCGAUGCAGCCAAUACCUCGCGCAUUCGUGGAUAUCAGCAACAAGAGGGGCGGCAACGUCCUCGGAUUAGAAACCUUAGUAGCAGACGGGCCGGUCGCAUCUUGGCUGUUGGCAGUCACUCUGACCAAGGAGGACGACCAGCCUGCUGUCUUGGCCCUCGCAGAGGAGCUCGUGGGCAAGCUGGAAGCUUAUGCUGACUCGCUUGGAGCGAACAAAGAUUGGCAUUACUUGAACUACGCAUACAAAACCCAGGAUCCUAUCGCUGGAUAUGGAGAAGAGGCUGUUGCCAAGAUCAAGGCAGCCUCAGCAGCAUACGACCCACAAGGCGUUUUCCAGGUAUUGAGACGCUCCGGAUUCAAGAUACCUGCUUAGGGGGUUGGAACACUGGUUCCAUCCUAGACUUGCAUGUUGACGGUAAUUGGCAAUAUAGAGAAAUGGCCGUAGUCUUGACAGCUUCCAACCACUAAAAGAUAACUAAGUUUGUUUA